CGGUUUUAGUGGACUGCUUUACGCAAUUUUAUCUGAAAGUUUUGCAUGUGUUCGGUUUCCGCAAUCCCUAUGGUAAACUUCUCGUUUAUCUUACCUGCAUCGUCUGGUUUUCUGCGUGAUGGAGUAAUAGAACGUGCAUUUACUGGCAUCAUUUAAUCAGUAAACAGUCAUGCUGUAGUAGGUACUGUAUGAAAGCUGUAGGAUAAAUUUUAGAAUUUUGUAAAAUCAAGAAUCUUCUGCAUAAGAUAUGAAUCAACAGAAGUAAACUCGAGUGGCAACAUUGACUCCGCCUUAAAGGAAUUUUUUUUUUUUCGUUCGAUGAUCCAUUGGAAUGUAACAGUUUUGUAGAUCAUUUCAAGACAUAUCAUGUAAAGGUCAUAUAUCUCCUCAUGAUGAAAGCUGGGGAUAAGUUUAUCUCCUUGUUUCUAAUUAUGUGGGCUCCACUGUGUCUCGGUGCUGACCAUUUUCAAGAGACUCUUCUUGGCACUGUGGGUGGUGGAAAUUAUUCGUAUUACUGGUUACCUCAACCAGGGACUGUUGUGCUUUAUCUGAGAACUCUUGAAGGUGAUGCUGAUUUAUAUGUUUCAUCAAAAAAUUUAAAACCUACUUUUGAUAUUGAAAACCAUGAACUGCAGUCCACUACUUGUGGAAUUGAACAAAUUAAAGUACCUGCUGGUUAUGGUCGUCCAUUAUCUAUAGCAGUAUAUGGUCAUCCUUCUCAUGAAAUUAGUUUAUAUGAAUUGAAAAUUGACGUUUUUGAUGCUGUGGAAGAUGUUUAUCCAGAUCUCAAUCCGCGUGAAACGAAAAAAACUCAGUCUAAUAAGCCACCAUCUAGUUCAAGUUUGCCUGUAAAAGAUGAACCUGAAUAUGAAGAGAGAUCUGUUUUCUGGACGUUAUUUUUGCAUGUUUUACAAGUUUUGCUUGAUUUAUUAGUUGACUAAAGCAAUUAAACAGUUUUUUGAUAUUAGUGUAUUUUAAGUAUUUUAAUGUUUCUCAUUGUGUAAAAUUCAAAGUUGUAUAACUCAAAUUCUUAUCAAUAUUAAUUCAUGUAUUUGCUAAAAAGGAGGAGUUUCUCUUUAUAACUGUCUAAAAUUGUGUUUUUGAAAAUUAAAGGAGGGAAGAUUAACUUAAAAGUGCAAUUUACUAAAUAUAGUAGAAAUUAUGUUUGUAAUUACAUUUUUCUUGUAUUUUUUUCAUAGUAGUAACCUCUGUUGCUAAAAUACUUUAAACAGAAAAUAUGUAGCUCUUUGUUUCUUUCCACCAGAUGUUUUGAAAGUAAAAUCGUUAUAUUGUUUUAAAAUAUGCAAGAAAUAGUGACCUCAAGUGCCUUAUUACUUUCAUGCAUAGUAUUGAUAUAAUACAAACUUUACUAGUAUUUGCAUAGCUGCAACUCUCCUAGUAAAUCUGUGAAAUUCCCUAUUUUCCAUCACAUCUCCAGGUAAAUCACAGAAUCUUCCAGUCUUUAAUUUUUAGCCUUUGCUAUGCAAAAUUAUUUCUCAGCAAUAAAUGAAAUUUAUUGAUUUAAGGUAAAUUAAGUUGUGCAAAUUCAGUUUCCCCACCCCUGAUAGUUUUCAACAUAAAUUUUUAUUUCACCUGAAUUGUAUUUUUCUCUUAUUACAUUUAAUUGAUAUUUUUCUUCUGAUCUGAGUUGUCUAAAUUAACUGUAGAUUUUUCUAUGAAGAUUCGGACAGUGCUUAAUUAGUUAAUAUAUGUAUUUAAUUUAAUUUUACUUAAAUAUAUGGUACAUUACUAGGUUUAUCCGUACAAAUACUAUGUGCAUCAGUUAUUAAUUUUAAUUUCACCAUAUUUAAAAGUACGUUGCCUAAUAAAAGAUCAGAUUUUGUCAGUGUAAAAAAAUUUGAACAUUAAAUUAGCCAAAGAUUAUAAAAUUUAAAAUAUUUAAUUAAAUGCUAAUAUAUUUUACAUCAGAAUCGUAUUACAAAUUGUUCAGUAACUAGAAACAUGCAUUAUAAAGUGAUUUUAAGCCAGUUUGGAGUUCCUUAGGAAUGGUAUUGCUGCACAGCUUGACAACCUGCCAACCAAGAAAAAUAUCCCGGCUUUUUAGAUUUUAAGGUUGGCAGCUAUGAUAUUGUAAUUUUAAUAUAUUAAACAAAAUUUACAUGCCAUAUUUAGUUUUUUCUUUCCCAAUUUAUGAAUAAAAAACUCUUAUUUGGAAGACUGACAUUUUUAAAAAAUAUAUUUGAUAAAUUUCCAUUGAAAGAAAAUCAAGCAAAAAUUUUUCAUUUCAAAGAGUUUUAGAACAGCUUUGUCAUGUGGGUCAUGUGUGUCUUAAGUUUUGAUAUAUUAUUAAAUGAGGCAGGAUUAUCAUAAAAUCGGUAUACAAAAUUUUAGUCCAUAUUUUUUCUUACUGUGAAAUUCAGUCUGGAAUUAAGUUUUCAUAGUUAAUAUUUAAGAAAAUUUUAAGUUAAGUUCUAAAUAUAUGGAAAAAGUGAAACUAGUCAAAAAAGUUUUAUGUGUUGUAGAAAAAAUGAGAAAUAUAUGAUGUAAUAAAGAAAAGGGUGUGUGAAAA